CGACAUUUUAAGUCAAAUGCAAGUCAAGACCAAUACCGGUGACGAUCUUCCCGUCAAUUGUCUAGACGGGUCCUUGGCGACCAGUGCCACCGAAGAAAGCAAGGAGAAGGACAAGCCGUCCAAGACGAGCAAGCCGGAGAUGGGCAAGCUGCACAAGCCAGGCCGCAAAUCAAGCAGCAAGCCAAAGAAGUUGAAAUCGUCGUCCCCGUCCGACACUUCAUCGUUGUCUUCGAUAAGCAUGGGCUACAACGAGUCGGACCUCACGGGCAGCACUAGCUCUGACAGCUCGUCAAACAGCAGCGACUCGUUUGCCCAUCGCUGUUGCCCACGCCGUUCGCACCGACGUUCACGUCACGAGAAGCCAUCAAACACCAAUCGCCGCCGCCGUUUGGAACAUUCCAAGUCCAGCAAGAGCAGCUUGCGUCGUCGCGCACUUCCAGUCACCGAUUGGGCUCCGAAAGGUGCUGAAGAAGCCAAUUAUGAUUCAGAAGAGGAUGCGCGUCCGUCUCGUAAGAAGCGCAACAACCGCUACAAGGAUGUUGCCACCCAAACGUCUCCACAAAAGAAGUCCAUCCACAAAUCGAAGCCAGCUGCCGCUCGAACCAGCUCCAGCUCCCGUUCCGGUUCCGUUGCGAAGACAGCAAGUCAUGCUUCCCAGCCUACUGGUUCCAACUCGAAACCAAAGAACUCUAGUUCCAAUGCUAAACCAAUCAGCGUUGCUCUGGGCACAAAACCAAAAGUUCCUGAAUUAACUACAAAGGACACCAAGGACUCAACAAAGAUCGUCGACGAGGAAAUGAAACACUCGGUGACCAACUCCAGUUUGGAUAUCAAGCCAACCGAUACUGGCUCCAAUCUGAAGCUAUCGAUAGUUGUUUCGAAGCCUAUCGAUACUGGUUCCAAUACAAAGUGUCAGCCGACCAAUUCCAAAGGUGAUGUGAAACCAACAACGCUACCAAUAACUAGCAAUUCCAGUGUCAAUUCCAAGCCAGGCGAAGCUGCUGUCACUUCGCAGCUCCCACUGGCUUCCAUUACUUCCAAUUCUGGCUCCAAUCAACUGCCAGCUAAGCCUGAUUUGAUGCAGCGAAGCAUCCGCACCCGCUCUCGCUCCCCUUCCCGCUCCCGUUCACGUUCCCGUUCACGUUCCCGUUCCCGUUCCCGUGGGCACUCCAAGUCGCGCAGCCCCAUCCGCAAGAGAUACCGCCGUAUGACAUCUCCGAACUCGACAAGCUUCGGGCGUGAAAGAGGCAGCCGCAAUUCAGGGGCUCCGUCAAUCUCGGAGGUGAGGCUGCACAUCAAGGGACUGAGCCGCCAGGUAACAAAGGAGCAUGUGACCGAGAUCUUUGGGAACUUUGGCCCCCUGACAGCAGUCGACUUCCCGAUUGAACUCUACGGGGAUCACGCGGGACGCGGGUUCGCCUUCGUGGAGUUUGCCAAUCCAACGGACUGCGCACGCGCCAUCAAGAACAUGGACGGAGGCGAGAUCGACAGCAGAAGGAUCGUGGUGUCGGCCUUCCGCCUGUCCAAGGUCCGCGCCACCUGGCGCCGCCGCUACUCUCCCGUCUACGGCAGCGGGGGCACACGUACCCGUUCUCGAUCCCGUUCUCGCAACCGUUCCAGCUCCGCUUCCCGUAGCCGCUAUCGCUCACGCUCGUCGCCUCGCUACGGCCAGUAUCGUGGCCCCAAACCACGUGGCUAUCAAUAUUAAGGACUGAAGGACUGGUCUGAUGUCUACUGCAGCCUCCUGACCAUGACGAACACUUAACAAAAUCACACCUCACUAUUAUUUAUAGCCCUUUACACUUUCAGGAAUAUUUGGGCAGCUGCAAUUUCAACACUAAUGUCACACAAACACACUAACAUGAAUCCCAUUCAAUUAACUCGAACUACAUAUGUAAUUCCUUCAAUCAAAUUGUAAAAUACAAAAUCUUCGGGUUCAGAUACUUGCCAAGUAUGAGAAGAAA